AUGGAUAUACGAGAUGAUGCUUCUGAGCACAUGAAUGGCGCUGAUAUCCAUGACGGCCCACCGAACAAUACGAUUGACGAUCUGUUUGAAGGACCACAAGAGGACCAAUCUCGGGCUGGAAACGAGUCCGACCCCGAGGGCAAUGCCAACCACAUGCAAACUGGAUCUGGUGAUGACGGCUCAGAAUCGAGAUCCUCGGACGACGGAGAGGUCACAGAGAGUGGAUCUGACAGCGACGAUUCGCAGCCUGAUGUCGAUUUUACAGGAGACUGUUUCAAGUCGUGCGAACCGCCCUUUCGAAAUAGGAGAGAGGCAGCAUAUCGGAGAAAGCAGAGAAUUCAACGACUCAGGCAUCGCAAUGACAAAUUGCGAACGCUAAUAGUUCAACUCAGAGCAGCUCUGCGACUGGCAAGGAGAAACAAUACCGACCUGAAAUCAGAGCUCGGUCAAUUGAGCAAGAGGUUGAAAAAACCUAGGAAAGUCAAAACAACUUGGAGAGCCGAGCUGGCCAAAUGGUUUUCCCAGAACUCGGACAGAAUCAAGGCCUGGGACGAUUACCAGAAGAUUUACACAUUGUCUUGCAGAGAGGAAAAUUCCUCGCCGCAAUACCUACAUCCUCUGCUGAAACUCAGAGCGCCAACUGGCCCUGAACUAGAAGCAAAGGCCCGCGCCUCCUUCAAAGUGCCCGUCUCCUCCAAAGUGCCCGUCUCCUCCGAAGCGCCGGUGGCCCACGGAUCCGGCCGAGGUCUUUUGGAUCUUCCCACACCACUACUCGUGCAGAUAUGCAAGUACAGUGUUGUCUUUCCAGAGCUCGUGCACUUUGUUUCGCGUCUCGACCCGCAUUGCGCCCCAGCUCCCAGCCAGGGCGCCGAAGUGGACAGAGAGGGCGCCGAAGUGGACAGAGAGGUCGCCGAAGUGGACAGAGAGGGAAAGAAUCUGCGGUUGCUGCACCGCUUCCUGAUCGGCACCGGCCCCUUUAGCCUCACUUGCGCAAAGAAACCAGAGGAGGAUGUGAUCGCUCUCCUCCAGGUGAGCAAGCAGCUCCGCUACAUUGCCGGCAACCUGUUCUACAGCUGCAACGAGUUCUGCUUCUCGUCGCUCGGCGAGCUGGGCCGCUUCACGCGGACCAUCGGCCCCUGGCUGCAGAGGAUCCAGAGGAUCCAGCUGCUGUGGACGGGCUCGCAGAAUGUCAGCUACAAGAUCAACGGCAAGGGCCGCUACGUGUCGCGCCGCACCGAGCCCCUUGGCUGCCUGCCCCAGGCGAAGCGUCUCAAGACACUCGGCAUCUACCUGCGCGCCAGCCAUCCGGACUACAUGCGCCGCAAGCACGAGUGCCUUGGCAAGGUGCGCUUCGACAAGCGUCAUACCAUCAACCAGCCCAACUUUCGGCUGCACCGCGAUAUGCGCACCAUCCAAGGCCACGACCAGCUGCGGUGUCUCCGCGGCCUGCACGCUGUUCAGUUCUGGGACUACGACAUUUAUCUCACGACGCUCAACAUGAACAUGUGUGUGCGAGACCACAUGUUUGUGGUGCAGAUGAACGAUGAGAUGUGCAAGCCAAAGGCCGUCGUGGAGAAGCAUCUUUCAAAGUUCCGAAACCUGGCGCCUCUGACCAUCGCAUAUCUGCCCACGGAAGAGGAGAUGGAGGCUGUCGCCAAGGCAAUCCGAAUCAAGCCAGAAACAGGUGAUGCCAGACCACGUGCGACGCCAUUCAACGAGCGCAGCGGCGCAAAUGGCAACAACCAAGGCCCUACCCGCGGCACCUUCGGACCCGGUCACGGACGGGGAGACGACGAUGGUGACGACGACGACGACGACGACGACGACGACAACGACGACGGCGAUGCUGGGCACCAUGGUCCCAGUCCUAAACGUCACUGUGUGCUCCCCAACCGUUCAGCGUCCACGGCAACCCGCCCCCCGGCGGCAAUCGACGCCGAGGACGAUGUCAUGGUCGAUGAUACGACUCCCGACGGAGAGCAGGGCAACGAGGACGCCGCCGACGGCGGCGCUUCUCUCAGCUCUCCGCCGCGCGCUGCCACUUCGGAGCCACGGCGCAGCGGAAGCCCGUCGCUUCUCAUCGAGGGUGCGACAUUCGCGCGGGACCCCGAUCCGGGCCCAUCACAGAUGUCAUACCGCUUCAGUCCCCCCGACGAGCCCGCGAGCCCGGGCCGUGAGCAACGUGAAGAGAGCAGUCUCUUUCUCGAAGACAACAGUGCGACACCAAGCGCGGCCAGUUCGGGUCGACCAGACGAGAUGAGACGGAACCAAGCGGCCAUGGCGGCGGCUCGUGACACCACCCCGCAGGGCCCGCCACCUCCGCAAGACUGGGAAAAUGCAAAGUCGAGUGACGACGACGACGACGACGCGCCGGGGGGUGGUGUCCCUCUAACGAGAUCGCGCAGGCACGGCGUGGACGAUGGGCGGGAUGCGCACAACGCCGAUUCCGAGGAGGUACAAAAGAAGGAGGAAGAGAUCUCGGAUGAAGAGAUCGAGAAUGAAGAGGAGAAUGAUAACGGCGACGACGCUGAGGAGGAUGACGAGGGGGGUGCCGGUGGCGACGAAGGAGGAGACGAAUAG